UUCGUUUAUCUGAUCGUUAUUAUAAUGUUCAUCACGAUAUAUAAAGGCUAAACGUUAGCCAAACCGCAGUCUCACCUUCCGAACCAAACUGACAACACAAAACUUCCCACCGUCAAGAGACUACAGCUGCCUCACAGUUCGAAUUUAUACUAUAAAUUACCAAGGAAUCGAAGAUGGUGGCCCAAAGUACCGUAGCUUAUGUGGUUGGCUUUGCGUUUUUGAUCGUGAGUCUUCAGAUUACGACUACUUCUGCGAGAGAUCCUGGAAACCCCAAACCCAGAAUUAAGAUCGGUCCAUUGUCUCAAAUUCAAAAGUCCUUAAAAAUCCAAGCUCAGCAGGGACCCUUUAAAGGCAUGAAGUGUUGUGUCACGCAAUCCUAUCCUUGCCUCAAGGACACUGAUUGUUGUUCUAGUGUGUGUCGGCAUACCAGUCAGAUAGGUAUCAAAAUCUGUGAAUAAAACACCCAAGAUAUUGUGAACUGGAGAAAAACUUCACUGCGCAUGUACUACAGCAAACCUGCUGCUGGCCACUUGAGGCUUAAGACAUUCUUUAGUUUUCAAGCCACGCGAUAGCUAGCUUAGUUAGAGUUUUAAAUCAGUGUAAGAGUUUAGGCAGUAUCGUUCCUAAGUCAGUAUACAGGAGCAUAUCCAAGAUCGCAGAUUUUCCUUUUAUCCCUCUCAGUAGCAGUUCGAUUGUGAGUUUUUUUAGGGGGAGGGGGGCUAAUUUGUUGAAAUUGGUUGGUAUCGAACCCGGCCUCCUCCCCCUGGGGAUAUCCUGAAUACGCUCCUGGUAUACAUCUUACUAGAACAAUUAUGAGAACAAGAAUGAUAGUUUGAAAGCAUGUCAUGUCAUGUUGGAUGUCACUAGGCUUUACUCAAUAAAUUAACGAGAAUAAAUCAAUUAUUUUUGAUCCGG